CUGUACUUUAUUGAAAUGAAGGUUUUCCCAGCCAGCGACUUGAGACCAACGCACAUGUUGCAUAUGGGACGAUGAACCCUGCGCCAUGCUGUAUUUAGUAAAUUUACUGCAGAGAGACAUCUGGUAUCUACCGAUCUCGUCAGGCAGAGCUUACCAAACGGAAUACCCCCAUGACAUGAUUUAUAUCCUGCAAGGGUUUGUGUUGGUACUUGAAUUUUCCUCAUUAUCUCGCAUCGUUCCUCCUCCUCCUCCUCCUCCUCCUCCUUCUUCCAGCUCAAGAAUCUCAGUUCUCUUUUCUUUGUAUCAAUUGCAUCGUCCUCAGAGUACAUAGCUGCCGUCAGUCAUCAUGGAGAAGACUGAAGAUAUACACGCCUCCGACAAGACGAUCGGAGAAGCGUCCGCUCCUUCUUCACCUCGCGAGUCCGAGAAACAUGCCUCAAGAGAUGGACCCAUUCUCGAUGGUGAUGAGCAUAUCAACUUGGGAUGGAGGAGUUGGUUGGUUGUCUUCAUGACUUGCUUUGCUAUCAUGGCACAGACAUUCGUGGUGGUCGGUCCCGGCAACGUCAUAUCCUUUAUCAUUCGAGAACUUGGUGAUCCGGGCCUCGUGGGAUGGAUUAUUCAAGGACCCCUCCUCAUCCAAGCCGUUCUGUCCCCAAUUAUUGGUCGUCUCUCGGAUGUCGUUGAUCGACGGUACCUCGCUUCCAUCCCACCACUGAUUGCAUUUGCUGGAGCAGUGAUGUCGGCAAGAGCAAACUCCAUGGCAACAUUGAUCGGAGGUGGCAUACUGAUUGGUGUCACAUUGAGCACAAUCUCAAUUGUGCAAGCCAUUCCAGCGGAAGUUCUUCCCAUGAAGUUUCGAGCAUUGGCAAACGGCUUUGCAUUCGUUGCUGGAUCGAUUGGUGGACUUAUCGGAGUACUUGGCGGAGGGGGCUUGACAAAUGAAAACAUCAAAGGCUGGAGAAACAUCUACUGGCUGCAGGCUGCCUUCCAUCUCACAUCUGCGAUCGGACUACUCGCAUUCUAUCACCCCGAACGGCCAGCUGAUCGACCAAAGAAGUCAUUCCGUGAAGUCUUCUGGGCCAUGGACCCAAUUGGAUCUGGUCUCUUUAUGUGCGGCUCAACUCUGAUGCUACUGGCAUUGGACUGGGCUGGAGGAACCUACAAGUGGAGUGAUUUGCACGUGGCUGUGCCUCUGGGUGUUGGUGGUGGAUUGACCAUUCUAUUCUUUCUCUAUGAAUGGAAGGGGAGAGACGAUGGACUUGUGGCACAUGUGUUUUUCAAAGGCAGUCCCAACUUCGCUCUCUCCGUGUUUGCUUUCGCCGUCGAAGGAUGGAUCUUUUUCAGUGCCGUCAACAGCGUCACAACCCAAAUCGUCCUCAACCUUGGCUUCGAGACUUCAGCCUGGAAGAUUUCAAUUCGUCAGCUCAGUUUCAACUUGGUCAACAUCUUCGCAUGUUUACCAAUCACGUGGUAUGCUACGAAGUACAAGGAUAUGAAGCUCCCUCUUCUUGUUACUUUCGUCCUUUUCCUCGUCGUAUGCAUAUGUUACUCGACUAUCACCCCUGCAAUGAACCAUGCUCAGAUCGGGUAUAAUGUCAUCUCUGGUAUUGGCCAAGCUGGCCCAUUGACCUUACUCGUCGCCCUCGUCCAAUUUACAGCACCCCAUCAAUUCCUCGCCAACGCAACCGGUCUUGCUUUCUCAGCCAGAGCCAUCGGAGGUGCAUUUGGCUCAGCAGUCGUCAAUGUCAUUAUCAACAACAAGCUGAACUCGACACUGACUCCCAAGGUCACCAAAGCGGCCCUCGGUGCAGGUCUUCCCGCUUCAUCGCUUGGCGAUCUCUUUAAAGCCAUGGCUACUGGAGACCCUGCAGCCUUCGCUGCUGUUGUUGGACUGACUCCUGAAAUCACCGGCGCUGCGAUGAAGGCAAGCCAGAAUGCUCAUGCUGCUGCAUAUCGUCUUGCUUGGGCUUCGAUCAUCCCAUUUACGGUCCUCGCUAUCAUCGCCGUCGCUUGUUUGAAGGGUGUCAAGGAUCUGAUGACUGAGAGAAUUGAUGCUACUCUGGAGCAUGUUCAUCAUGUUGAUGAGUCUAAAGCAUAGUUAUCAUGAUAGAGAAAGGGUCCCUUUCGGGAGGAUUGGAUAGACGGCUUUGUGGAAUCAGGUGUAAUGGGGACGAAAUUGGUAGACUUGCUUGCACUGGAAUGCAGCAUAUGGUUCAUAUAUCAGCUUCUGCUUGUAACGCAGAACUGACAGAGUAUUUUCAAUCCAAUAGACUUCGGUGGCUGUUGAUCUCAGCCACUCUCCGGAACCUUCCAAUAUCUCAACACAUAUUGAUCACGUGUCAGACUGGGUGACAGGACCACCGGGAUUCUUAGAUACUACAUGAGGCAUAUAAGAAGUAGUCUUUUCACCGCGUGUAUCCUUGAAAAGAUACAUAUCUUAUUCUACCCAGGGUUUGCCCUUUCGCG